AUGGUUAAUACAAAUCCUAUAAAGGAGGACAACGAUCUUCCUAGUAUUGAAAAUCUAUCAGUCAAAGCAACCAAUGUUCUCAUUACUACACCAGAAAAAGCCUCUGGUAAUAUGGAGUGGAAGAGCCCCAUUGGACAAUCAAUAUUGGCCAAAGUCAAUGAAUACAGAUCCUGCAGUUAUUCAUGGCCACAAACAGAAAAGAUGAUUGCAAAUGAUUUUCCUACCUAUGAUUUCAGUCAUGACCGACUCAGAGUUGCCUUGAAAACACAUUACAUGAAAGAAAAACCCACUGCCAACCCAAACAUCAACAACGACAACAACAACAACAACAACAACAAUAACAAUGAGAAUAAUAAUAGUAUAUCCAUUGACACUCGGCAACAUCCAACAUCCAAUCUAAGUCCUGACUCUAUAGAUGAACUAUCCGAUGUAAAGUACCUGGAACUCAAGGUCGAGUUUUUCCAAAUGAGAACUUUACGUGCUCAGAUAAAACUCCAAAAAGCACGUCAAAAAGCCAAUGCAACUCGAUAG